ACUUCUGUAGGUGGUUCCUGAGGCCAAGGAGCUGGAGCUGCUUCGUCCAAGUCACCAGGAACCAGUCGUUUCUUCUCUGGCUCUGAACUAAGAGGGCUCUGGCAGGCUGUCCCACCAGCUUCUCCACAUGGCUUUCAAGGAGGGACUCCGGACCUGGAAGAGGCACUUUUGGCAGCUGAUCCUACUUGCCCUGGGCUUGGGCCUGCUCCUCUACAUGCUCCCUGCAGUCAGGCAUCCGGAAGUCCUCAUCCCUAUGGGCGUCUGUCCCUUGGCCACACUGCCCCUGCUGAGAGACAACUUCACGGGGCCCCUGCAUCUCUGGGCCCGGCCUGAGGUCCUCACCUGCACCUCCUGGGGGGCCCCCAUAAUUUGGGAUGGCACCUUCGACCCAGAUGUGGCUCAGCGAGAGACCGGACAGCAGAACCUCACCAUUGGGCCUAACUGUCUUUGCCAUAGGCAGGUACCUGGAGAAGUACUUGGCGCGCUUCCUGGGGACCGCAGAGGAGCACUUCAUGGUGGGCCAGCGAGUGGUGUACUACGUGUUCACCGAGCGCCCGGCCGCCGUGCCCCACGUGGCGCUGGGCCCGGGCCGCCGGCUGCGCGUGCAGCGCGUGGCCCGCGAGCGGCGCUGGCAGGACGUGUCCAUGAAGCGCAUGCACACGCUGCACGCGGCGCUGGGCGGGCGGCUGGGCCGCGAGGCGCACUUCGUGUUCUGCAUGGACGUGGACCAGCACUUCAGCGGCGCCUUCGGGCCCGAGACGCUGGCGGAGUCGGUGGCGCAGCUGCACGCCUGUCACUACCACUGGCCGCGGUGGCUGCUGCCCUUCGAGCGCGACGCGCGCUCGGCCGCUGUGCUGGCGCGGGGCGAGGGCGACUUCUACUACCACGCGGCGGUGUUCGGGGGCAGCGUGGCGGCGCUGCGCCGGCUGACCGCACACUGCGCGCGGGACCUGCAGCGGGACCGCGCGCGCGGCCUCGAGGCGCGCUGGCAGGACGAGAGCCACCUCAACAAGCUCUGAUGGCUGCACAAGCCCGCCAAGGUGCUGUCGCCCGAGUUCUGCUGGAUCCCGGAUCUCGGCCCACGGGCCGAGAUCCGCCAUCCGCGCUUGCUCUGGGCGCCCAAGAAGUACGCCUUGCUGCGCGACUAGCGACCCGCCGGGACGUCCAAAGAAACUCAAAGUCCACAAAACGCUAUUUCCUGGCUUCAGGGCUAGCCUCAGCCACAGUACCUGGGAGGUAAGUUUCUUCACCAUCUCUGCAUCCUCAGUGCAGAGAAACGCAGGCUCUGAGUGGGAGCGUGGAGCCACUGGGCUCUCCAGGAAGGGUGGUCACAGAGCCAAGGACAUAGGGAAGGUAACUUGGGAAAACUGAGGCCCUGAGAGGGUGGGAUUUCACUCUGGGUCUCCUGAAUCCUUUACGAGGUGUCCUCAUAGAGCUUGUGUUUCUAACAGCCUCCAUUGCUUCCAGAUAGGGAAGCAAUUCCUGGCCUAAUCCUGAUGGUUUUUACAAUCUGAAGUUCUACAAGCAGGUUCAAUUAUUGAUGACAGGAAAUAAGAGAUGUCUGGCCUUGCAAUAGUAAUUUGAAUUUUCCCAGUGCCUCUUAAGUAAAUUAGACUGGCAAACACCAAGAGGCCUUUUGGACUCUGAAUUAGAGAUGUGCCUAGAAACAGAUUAUGGUUUCAUGACUAGAGAGCCUGCACAUCCCCUCCUCUGGUGGGAAAAUGUUUGUCCUCUGAUUUACUCUGCAACGUUCCCUAAAGGCCACACACACCAGACUGGUUGAACCCUGGGCCACCAAAGACCUGACUACUAGCCAGGAAGAUCUGGUGCAAAUCUCAGCUCCUCUUCUAGCUCUGUAUGUGACUGUGGAUGAGUUCCUUAUCUUCGCUGGGCCUGUUUUCU